AUGAUCCGCGAGAUGCGGGAUCUCCGGCCCCACGAAGGCAUGGGGGUUGCUUCAGUGGAUGGUGGAUCGUUACAUGACUGCCGUAUACCAGGCCCUUCUUUGGCUUUCGGGCCCUUUGCCACAAUUCAGGACUUUCAUCGUCAUCUACGCAUGGGAUUGGAGUUUAAUCCUAGACUUCACGUUGAUGCCCAGGAACUCAUCAAACAACAACAAAGCAAAUCUUGGCCGUUGGCCUUUACUCAUGGUGACCUCAGCAGCCUUAAUAUUCUUGUUCGCGAAGACGAUAUCGUCGGAAUCAUUGACUGGGAAACUGCUGGUUGGUACCCGUCAUAUUGGGAAUACACUUCUGCCUACCAGGUCAACCCCCAGAACUCCUUCUGGGUCCACGAAAUUGACAAAUUUCUGGAGGCAAUGCCUGAAGAACUGGCUAUGGAACGACUCCGUCAGAAAUGGUUUGGAGACGUUUAG